AUGCGUAUCAAUGUGUUGAUCAACUUUCUUGCUGCCCUGGCGGUAGCAGUCGAGACGAAACCUCCAAGGCGGGCAGUGAAUCAUGUUGUUCAUGAGGAACUGCACGUCUCACAGAGGAGUUGGACGAAGGGCUAUCGCCUGUAUGGGACAUCGACACUGCCUGUUCGCAUCGGCCUCGCGCAGCAGAAUCUCCAUCGAGCCGAAGAGUACAUCAACGCUGUUUCACACCCCAAAUCGAAGGACUAUGGCAAGCAUUGGUCCCGUGAACGAAUUAUUGAGACCUUUGCGCCAAAACAGGAAUCUGUCGACGCUGUCAAGGAGUGGCUGGAAGCCGAGGGUAUUGAAUCAAGUCGCAUCGAGAUGUCAAAGGGCCGUCACUGGCUUGAGUUCAAAGCGACAGUACAAGAGGUAGAAGGACUUCUUAAGACGAAAUAUCAUAUGUACAAGCACACACAGCUUGGUCACCCUCACAUCGCCUGCGACAAAUACCAUGUGCCAGAUCACUUGGUCAACCACAUUGAUAUAAUCACGCCGACUGUUCACUUCGAUCAACGCAUUGGCCGGGAAAGAGAAAACAAGAAAGUUCCACUUUCUGAGGACAAGGUGGACGAGCUGAAGAAGCGGUCCCUGGCCAAACGACAACGUCCUGAAAAUGGAAUCCAGGGCAUACCGGGUGGUUCUGGAUUCUCCCCAAAGCAAGGUGAUAUGAUUCAAAACGCUCUGGCAACCUUGGACGACUGCGAUCAGAUGCUCACGCUUGACUGCAUUCGCGCCCUGUAUGGGAUACCGAGGGGUUCGCUUGCCCAAUCGAACAAUACCCUUGGCAUCGUUGAAUACACGCCUCAGGCUUUCCUUCAAAGCGACCUCAACAUGUUUUUCGCCGAAUUUUCACCCGAUAUUCCUUCCAAGGAACCGGUUGUACAGCUCAUUGACAAUGCCGUUGUCCAGACACAAAACCAGAGCUUUGAUUUCAACGGAGAGUCCUCCCUCGAUCUCGAAUUUGCUAUGGGCCUGAUCAAUCCACAGCGAGCCACCCUGUAUCAAGUUGGCGAUUUGAACAAAGGCGCUAGCUUUGGUAAUUUUCUCGACGCUAUCGAUGGCAGCUUUUGUACAUUCCAAGGUGGCGAUUCGGUAGAUCCCAACGUCGAUAGCCCUUAUCCGGACGAUGUUAGGUGCGGCACCGCCAAUGCGACCAAUGUCAUCUCAACGAGCUACGGUUAUAAUGAAGGCGACCUGGGCUCGAAAUAUAUCCAAAGGCAGUGCCUAGAAUAUAUGAAACUAGGUUUGCAAGGCGUCAGCAUGAUUUUUUCUUCGGGCGACGAUGGGGUAUCAGGCAAUGGGAAUACUUGCAUUGACCCGGAAACGGGUGCUUAUAACGAUGGAUCUUCUGGUCUCUUCAAUCCCGGAUUCCCAGGCACAUGCCCGUAUGUUACCUCGGUCGGCGCCACCCAAAUCAUGAAUGGAUCUUCCGUUCGGUCCCCCGAGAGCGCCUGCGAGCUAGUCAUCAUCUCGAGGGGAGGAUUCAGCAAUGUCUUCCAGAUGCCCUCGUACCAACAAAAGGCCGUCGCGGAUUACUUCGCCAACUCAGCCCCGUCAUACAAUUCCUCGCAGUUCAACAACUCGAUGACGGUCCGAGGCUACCCCGAUGUCGCGGCCAACGGCGCAAAUUAUGUAACAGCAGUCGACGGCGAGUUUUCCCUGUUCUACGGGACUUCGGCCUCGGCGCCCGUGUUCGCUUCAAUGAUCAACAUGAUCAACGAGAAGCGCAUCGAGGCCGGCAAGGGCCCUGUGGGGUUCAUCAACCCGGUGCUCUACGAGAACCCGCAGAUCAUGAACGACAUUACGACGGGCAACAAUCCCGGCUGCGGUACCGAUGGGUUCGCGGCCGUGGAGGGGUGGGAUCCGUUGACGGGGCUAGGGACGCCGGACUAUCCGUCCCUGGAGAAGUUGUUUACAGGGUUGCCGUGA